UAAUAAAGCAGGGUGUGGCAAACAAAAACCAUGCCUCAAAGGACUUCGAUAACGAACCCGUCAUCACUCGAGGUACUGGCGGAGGGCGGCGCCUCCAAGACGGAGAAUGAAGAAGGAGGCCCCCAGGUAGGACAAAGGUGGAAGGUAGCGUGGCGCGACGGUACGGUGCACCUCGCCGAGAUCGUCGAUAUCCGCAAGGCGGAGGGAAGCUCGGACGCCGCCACGGCCUCCGCCGCUGCCAAAGCUGGAUCUACGGAAAGAGGUAAGAAAGCUCCAGGGACCGCGGCGGCUGGAGGUGAGCCCAGCAGGUCUAGCAGUGCAGGAGGUGGAGGGGCUGUUUACGUGCACUAUGUGGACUUUGACCGGAGAUUGGACGAGUGGGUCGGGAUGGAGCGCGUCGACCUGGCGGCGGGGCAGCAGAGAGCGGUGGCGCAUCACAACGGGGACAAGCGACGGGUGACGACAAGGAUGAAACGAAAGUACGAUGAGAUGGGCUCAAAAAGCGGGCACGGGGGGGGCGGUGACAGAGAGGGGUUGGAUGCCAACAUCGCCAUGUUGGAGAAGGAGCACGAAGAGAUUACCAAGGUAAAGAACGUGCAGAGCGUGCUUUUGGGCAAGUUCGAGGUCGAGACGUGGUACUUCAGCCCCUACCCCGACGAUUACAGCAAGCUCGACAAGCUUUUCGUGUGCGAGUUCUGCCUCAAGUACAUGAAAAGGGAGUCGACAUUCACCCGGCACCGACAAAAGUGUACCAUGAGGCACCCGCCCGGGGACGAGAUCUACCGAGAGACCGCAGAGGGCGGCCAAGGUUGCGGCGUGUCGGUGUACGAGGUCGACGGCAAGACGAACAAGGUCUACUGCCAGAACCUGUGCCUGCUGUCGAAGCUGUUCUUGGACCACAAGACCCUCUACUACGACGUGGACCCUUUCCUGUUCUACGUGCUGUGCGAGGUGGACGACGCGGGCGCGCACAUCGUGGGGUACUUCUCCAAGGAGAAGUCCUCUCCUGAGGAGUACAACCUGGCGUGCAUACUCACGUUCCCCCCGUUCCAGCGCAAGGGCUACGGCAAACUGCUCAUCUCGCUCUCCUACGAGCUCAGCAAGCGGGAGCACAUGGUGGGGUCUCCGGAGAAGCCGCUGUCGGACCUGGGCAAGCUCAGCUACCGCAGCUACUGGACGUACGUGCUGAUGAACAUGCUGAGGGACUACAAGGGAGAGCUGUCCAUCCGGCUGAUCAGCAACAUGACGGCCAUCAAGACCGAGGACAUCAUCAGCACCCUGCAGUCCCUCAACCUCCUCCGGUACUGGAAGGGCCAGCACGUGAUCGCCGUGUCUCACACCACGAUCGACGAAUGCCUCAACAAGAGCUCCCGCUUCAAGCUGUGCCGACCGGAGUGCCUGACGUGGCCCGUCGAGCUGGAAGACUGAGAUCUCACCAGUCUCACGUAACUUUAAGCACGUUGUAGACAUGAGACAUUAGCACAAAGGGCGGGGAGAAAACAAAAAUAUAUGUUGCUGUGCGUUCGUUUGGGACCCUAGAGUCUCGCCCUGCGAUUUUUUGUACCGGUAUUGGUCGUCAAUCCUCUGUUUUGCAUCAUUUUACGCGUAUUGUUGCUUGCCGGAGAAAAAAACGCGCUUGUUGUGUGUUUGGGUUGUCGUGAGCUUCCACAUUGAUGUGGUACCGUUUGUGGUUUCCUCAUGCGACAUCGUCGACGGAGCUUUCGUGAAUGCAGUGAUACAGUGUACAAGCCAUGCAUGCCAAGAAAACACACGUGCAUGAUCUCUUGCGUCUUGUUCCCAUUAAACUGGUAAUAGUUGAAGAGUAUCAUAGAACGCGGCACCACACAUGGUACGCAGGAAGAGGUCUCCGUCCUGUUUGUUACUGCGCUGAUAAUCUCUCGUAUUGAUAAGUCGGUCUUUUUUCUUGUUGUUGUGUACUGGUGUGGAGGGUAUCUAUUUUGCGAUGACGGUGUGUGUGCUACAAUGUGCUGACCGCGACUCUCUCCGCUCGGGAUACUUCGUCGCCCGCCUUGUAGAAAAGAGAAAAGAGGGUUGUCACCACUUGUAUUUUUGGUUUUGGGAGAAGAAGGCGUUUUCAUGUUGUAUUCGAAGGGCGAUGAAAAAAAAGUGAAAUGUAGCGUA